GACCUCUAUAUAAAGUUAUGAAUUUGUUUCACGCGUGCGAAUAAACCAAGGAAGACUCCGGAGAAUAGUUGAAGCUCCCACCAUGGCAUACGUCGAGAGAGGUGUUAUCAAAGAUAAGAGAUCAAUAUGGCGACUGAAAACAAUCACAGACUUCUUCUGGGCCAUUAUCAACAUGAUUGGGGUCUUUUUUGCCACGAUGUUUUCGAUGGAGAAGUCUGAAGCCUACCGGAAAGGGUCCGGUGCCAGCAAGAAAUGGGACGGUGGUGGUCCAGGAGGUCCGGGAAGUGGCCCAUACGGUGGUGGUCCACGUGGGCCACCUCGUGGAUUAGAUAACGUUAGAGGAAUAGAUCACAGUGCAGCUCCUGCCUGUGGCUCUUGCUGUGGAGGUUAAUCGAAGCCGCUUAUGAACCAUAACAAUGAACCGGGUGCAGUUCCAUGAUCAGAAAAAUUGCUGUGUGACAGUUUCAGUUAUCAAAAAAAUUUGGGAGUUUCAGUUUCCAGUAUAUAGCUAAUAGUUACUCAAUUGACAUGUACUUGUUAUUUAUCUGUUUUGUGUAUUGAAACUUUCUUCUCAGUGUGUUGUUUGCUUUCAA